GGAGGGUGACGUGCUGUGGUGCUGGGAAGACCCGCUCGUGCCCUUUAGAACCCCGAUGCACCUGGACGUUCUAGAACUCUGCGCCUCCCGAACGUUCCACGGUCAAACUCUCAGGGGGUGGCGGUCUCCUUUGAUCUUGGCAAGGCUGCCAGGGUCUUUCUCCUGCCUUAUGCAACCCUGCGCUAAUUUUGUCCCCCCUAGGAAUUAUUAUUUUUAUACGUCGAAUUCUCCCAAGUGUUGGAACCCGCUGCGAAUAGUAAUAUAGCUUCUUAGUGCCCCUCUCCCCAUCUUACUCCUUUCAUUCGUUGAAACGGCGCUAUGAUCGUGGCGGACUCCGAGAGCUGCGGCUGCUCCGGAGCCGAAGGCUAUUUGUCCUGUGAGAACUGCGGAGCGCUGAGGAGGGAAAAGGACAGAGGGAUAAAAAUUCCCCGACAGCUGGGCAGAGGGCCGAGCUCCUUCAUCCCCGUGGAAGAGAUCUUACAAGAAGGAGCAGAGAGUGCCCAGCGGCGCCUCUUCAUUGAGGCUUUUGUUUCUACGGGCAGGGUGGAUAACAUUACCAUGGUGAUGGGACUGCACCCGGAAUACCUGACCAGCUUUUGGAAGACUCAGUACCUCCUUUUGCGGAUGGACGGGCCGCUGCCCUAUCACAAACGCCACUACGUUGCCAUCAUGGCUGCUGCUAGACACCAGUGCUCCUACUUGGUUGGCUUCCACAUGGGGGAGUUCCUCCAGGUGGGUGGGGACCCACAGUGGUUACGAGGUUUGCAGUAUGCCCCUCAGAAACUGAGGAACCUCAAUGAGAUCAACAAGAUCCUGGCCCACCGGCCGUGGCUGAUCACCAAGGAGCACAUCAAGGCACUCCUGAAGACGGGAGAGAACAGCUGGUCCCUUGCGGAACUUAUCCAAGCCCUGGUGCUCCUCACGCAUUACCACUCACUGGCUUCGUUUGUGUUUGGAUGUGGCAUCAACCUGGAAAUUGAUCAGGAAGGAGGGCAUGUCUUCCAGCCCCCUUCACCACGCAGCUGUGAUAGCAGUCCUGCCUCUGAGGAUGGGGUGAACACUUCCAACGGCACAGAUGCUAUGGAGGAGGUGGAGGUGUUGAUGGAGAGGAUGAAACUGCUUCAGGAGUGCCAGUUAGAAGAAGAAAGGGUCACCCAGGAGGAGAUGGAGACACGCUUCGAGAUGGAGAAAACGGAGAGCUUGCUUGUUACUCCUUCAGUAGAUAUUGCUGAACACUCCCUGCCUCCCAAUGUCCUGUGCUUUGUGGAGGAUCCAGAGUUUGGAUACAAGGACUUCACUAGGAGAGGAGAGCAGACGCCCCCAACGUUCCGAGCUCAGGACUACACCUGGGAAGAUCAUGGCUACUCUCUCAUCAAUCGCUUGUAUCCAGAUGUGGGGCAGCUACUAGAUGAGAAAUUCCAGGUGGUCUAUAACCUGACCUACAACACUAUCGCGAUGCACAGUGGUGUGGACACUUCUAUGCUCCGGAGGGCCAUCUGGAAUUACGUUCACUGUGUCUUUGGCAUUCGGUAUGAUGACUAUGAUUAUAGAGAGGUGAACCAGCUGUUAGAGCGCAGCUUGAAAAUCUACAUCAAAACUGUAGCCUGCUAUCCAGAGAAAACGACCAAGCGAAUGUAUACACACUUCUGGAGACACUUCAAGCACUCUGAGAAGGUGCAUAUCAACCUGCUUCUCUUGGAAGCUCGCAUGCAGGCAGCCCUGCUGUACGCCCUGCGUGCCAUUACCCGCUACAUGACUUGACGGGACCGUCCCCUCUCUCGUCCUGCAAGAGGCAGACCAACUGGAGGAUGGGAGAGCUUUUUAUUAGUGAUCAUCUGUUUUCUGAACGCAUCGUGUAGAGACCUUGCCUCGCCUCUGGAUCUUGAAGACGUGUGUCUCAUUUCAAGGGGACUGUCUGUUAAGAGACUUGCCAGGGGGAUGGGGAGAAGGCCAAACUGUUCAGACACACCUGUGAUGGAAAACGACUGUGGCAAGCUCUGGCAGCCUUUCACUCCGGAGCCGAUUGCGGCUUGCUGUGUGGCUUGUGGGCUCUGCCACUGGCAAGCUUAGGGGCUCAAGGUUUCGUGGUGUUUGCUUUGGUCCAGAAUCUUGGAAAGCGGAUUUGCUAAGCCCUUGAUUGGCCUGGGAUUUGUGGUAGCGUUCUACUGCAGCUGCACCCAGCUUACCCCCUCCCCUGCCCAAGUGAUUAGUGCAAUGAAUGUCUGGUCUUCUGGUUGCAUCUUUCUGCGAGGAUAAUACUGUCCAAACAACUGGGAUGAAGAUUUGAUGAACCAAAGAGAUCUUUCUGCUGUGACAAAGCGAGAUUUUUUUCCUCUGUGGCCUCUUCCUGCUCUUGGUCUUUAGAGGUUCAAACAGAUCACCACUGUCUCGUGACAAACUUACCGAUUGCUUAAACAUUGGAAAGGUGACUUGAGGGGGGUAGAUUGAAUGUUGUGUUCCACUGCAAUUAGUGAUUACACUAUAUUUCUGAUUUUAGUGCCCCCCCAUCCUUUGCACUCCAAACAUUGUCCUUGUUUCACAUAUAGACUCCUGAGUCUCUUAGCUCUGGCUUGGGGAAGAAUGCAAAGUUGGGUAUGAACUGGGCCAGAUUCUUUGAUUUUUGUCUUGUGAAAAGUGGGUGAGAUGCUUUGCUUGGCAAGGGAGUAGGAAAAUUUUCCAAUGGAGGUACUGCCAGUUUGGAGCACACAGGUCUUCCAUUUCUGGAGGCAAUAUCCGUUCAUCCAGUGGGAGAAAAAAAAAGCUCCCACUUUCAGUGUAGAUAGCAAACUCUCUAUUUCUCUCUGAUUUCAGGAUUCUGCCUUGCUCAAAUGUUUGGAGAAUUUGAAUUAGUUAAACUGUUUUUUUCUUUAUAUCUUCCUCCUUCUCGAAAGCCUGAAUUGUUAACUUUUAGCAGUAGGAGAAUCUCCUUCCCUGAAUUACCUAGCCUCCAUUUAGGCAAUUCUGCCUCCUGGGAGACCCUCGGUUGCAGGCCAGGAACUAACCUGUAAUCCUCUGUAAUAUAAUUCAUGGCCAAAACAAUCUUCCUGGUAGGUGUAGUCGCUAUGUUGUGAUAUCCAGUGGUUGGUUUGUGCGUACUGAAACUGAUACACAAGCAUCACUUCUGUUCAGACAACACAGAAGCUGCACAUGUGCAGAAGAUCUACAUACACAUGUGGAUGCAAUGUCCAAAAAGGACUUAUUGCUCACCAUUUCCCCCCAUUCCAGUCACUUCCCAUGGCCCUUUAACUUAGUUCUUUCUUGAAAGUAUCCUUCCAUUUCAAAACAUCCCAGCAAGGCGUAGAUGUAUAUCUAAUUCUAUCAUUCUCUUCCUGGACUUGAGAUUUACCCCUCUUGGUUUUUAAGUAUGUGAUGGUUACACACGGAUUUAACCAGGGAUUUUUUUCAGCUGGAAUGCAGUGGAACAGAGUUCUGGCACCUCUUGAAAAUGGUCACAUGGCCAGAGGCCCUGCCCCCUGAUCGCCAGACAGAGUAGUUUAGAUUGCCCUCCACGUCAUUUUUGCUGAGGGCGAUUUAAGCUUUAAAAAAACUCCCCCUUGUUCCAGCUGACCCAAAGUGACAUCAUUGUGCGGUCCUGAGUUUCACCACUUCUUUUCCCGGAAAAAAAGCCCUAGAUUUAACCUUUCUUACUUGAUGGCUAAAAUCCUUCUCUUAGAGGAGGAGGAAUGAAGGUGGACUGGAACAGAAUUCCUUAUCUGUCUAAACUGCACAGCCAGUUUAGACAUCUCAGAUAAUUAUUCUGUAUCUUUAAACAAAGGAGAACUCACAAAUGCCCGGAAGCUGUGCUGGGUGGGGAAAUCUGCAUAUAGAAAAUGAGUCAACUAACAUUCCAGUAGCCAAAGGUUUGGAGAGGCAAGAGCCCAAACCUGCUUCAGGGGUGCUUGGAAUGCUCUCAGUAUAAUCUGGCCAGGUGAGAUAGCAUGACCUCUGAGCUGGCUGGGCCCUGCACAGAACAGACAUGCCCCAGAGUUCACUGUUGUGGUUUGAGGGUUUCUGGGCAUGUUCCACUUUCCUGAUUUGGUUAAGAGUUCAUCCUCUGCCAAGAUGUUGAAAGCCCCUCCUGCCCUGUAGCCUCUCCAGAUUGUGGAAGGAGAGGCUUGCUUCUGGAGACUUCUUUGCAGUUUUAAAGAUGGAUAUUAACUUUACCAAAGAAUCAAGCUGACCUCUGUUCUGGGUUGGUCAGUCUCUCUCUCUCUCUUGCUGACAUACAUCUAUUUCCUCUUUGUCUUGCUGAAGCUAGAGGUGUCUGGCCCAAAGAUGUUCGAACUGUGCCUGCUGUUGGACUGAGCCUAGAAUAUAUACAAACAAAGCCUGGGGGGGGGACAUGUUGCCCCCUGAACUGAUCUCACCUGCCACAAAAUUGUCUACCAAAAGGGGUGACUUAGGGUGGGUUUGGAACAAUGUCCUCAAAUUUCUUUCAAGGAGUCUAGAUGGGUGUAGACUUCUUUUGGUGUGCUUACUUGUUAGAUUCUUCAAAAUAAAUCCCUGGAAUUGUGAUUGAAUAGCAUUGAGAGAUGGUAUAAAAAGUCUGUGUGCUCCAACUGCAAUAAUUUAUCCUUGGGUGAAAAAAGCAUCUGGUUAUGUUAGUUGUCUGGUUUACUAGGGCUUGGAUCCUAGAGUGCUGUUUCACCGGUAUGGCAGCAAGUUCUCCCAUCUACAAAGGAGGGGAGGGUGAUUUUUGCUGAUCCCCCCCCCCGGCUUUAGAUACCUGAUUUGCUCCCCACACUGACCCACAGGAGCAAAUUUUGGUGAGUGGGGGAGACACAAAAAGCUGCGUGACAGGGCAGAAGCAGGGAAGCCAUUUCUUCUGCCGUGGCUUUGCUUGCACAGGUUAGAAUCCAUGCCUAGGCUUAAAGACUUACUCCUCUUGCAUCAGAAAGCUAGACUUGAUGCCUUUCUGAAAUUAAAGCCCCCCUCCCAUUUUCAUAGAGGAACACAAACUGAAGUAGUGUUACUGUGGAACAGCUCAUUGCUUAGCUGCUUUGCAAAAUUAGCAAACCCUGCCCCUCCUCUGAAAAGGGGAUUUCUGGUUCUCCUAAGCCCACAGCAGUAUUACACAAUCAGGCAACAAACACACUGAAAUUCAGAAGACUGGCUUGUCCUGUGACUGGGCUGAGCAGGCCUCAACUCCUCAAGCCGGUUUUGAUGGUUCUUUCCUUCACCUUGCCCCUCCCCCCACCAACUCCUAAUGUUGUUUUUCAAGCUAAUAUGUUUUCUACCCAUUUUGCACAGCAUGGAUUGCUUUGUCAGCAUCCAAAUUCUUUUUGUUGUUGUUUUGUAUGUUCAUUUCUGAUGGGUCUUUUUUGUGAGACAAGCCAUUUCCCUGUUGACCUCGAGAGGGGAAGGAUCAGCCGAGGGGCGGUGGGGAGUCAAGGAAGAAGGGAAGCCGGGGUAGCAGAACAUCGGUAGCUUUAGCCUAGUGUGGCUGCUACAUUUUGCCAUCUGGCCACCCCCCCCCCCCACGCACACACACAUACAGUCAAAUACAGAGCUAGCAGUCUCCUGUUGUGUCGGCUGCAUCUUCACCCUGUGUAAGUUAUAAUGGAUUUUUUAAUGUAUUUAGUCUUGACUGUACUGUUGUGACUUUGCUACCGAUUUCUGUUUGAAAAAUAAAAUUGCCUUUUGUUUUC